CGUGCCUGCUGCCCGCCAUCCCUAUCGGCAAGAACACAUUGGCCAGCGGCCAAUCUACAUCCGGCACACGUUCCCGCCGCCAACCCGGCUUGCGUAUCACCCACUGUGCCAAGCCGCUUACGCCGAGUUCGACAACCGUCACAGUGGCUUCUGCUGCUGCUGCCGGCACUGCUGGUGCUUAUGCUGGUGCUGCUGCUGCUGCCGCAGUAAGCGCAUGUGCAGUACACGCAGCGGCGCAUGUGACCCACGGGUCACUGCUGGUUGUCAAGGCGCUGGCGGCUGAUGUGGCGCAGGGCAUGAUUACCGUUGUCGACUACACCACUGGGGCAGUCAUCUACCAAAACCAGAACUCGCAAGCGUACAUGGGUCCCGCACCGCCGCCUGCGAUCAUGGCCGCAGCUGAAGCACGGGAACCACAACAACAACAACAACAACCCCAGCCGAUGGGCUUUACCGCUGCUAAUCUGUCGGGCCCUUCAACCGCUUCUGCCACCGCCGCGGUAGGCCUGCCAGCGGCAGGAGAUUCAGUAACGACAGAC